AGAAAAGGGAAGAUAACUCUAAACCGAUGUCGCUAAGAAGCGCCUGAGUGUGUAUGUUACGCUUUCUACAGUAAACGGAUAAAGACUUCUUCAGAGGAAGCAUCUACGUGAGUUCAGUAUGGCUACCUUAGAGUUGGAUCCCAUGUUCGUGAAGGCUCUCAAACUGCUACACUCCCGGAGCAAGGACUCGGCUGCUCAACUCAAGGCCAUGCUGGACGAUGUGAUCGCACAGAGGCGGGAUCAGAAGGGGGGGUCUAGCGAGUCAGAGAAACCCUCCAAGAACAAACAGGAGGAGGACAGCAGUCGCAAGCGGGAUACCGAGAAGAGGAACUUUGAGAAGUUGUCUCAGAAUGUGACAGAAUCCUCUCAGGAUUCUAAGAAACCAAGAUUGGACCCUCCGGCACCGACAGAGAAAGAAUCGUCCAAGUCUAGUCGGGAGAAGGAGAAGGAGCGAGAGAAGGAGAAACAGAGGAAGGAGAAGGAAGCCAAGGAGAAAGAAAGGAAGGUGCAGGAGAAGAAAGAACGAGAGAGGGAGAAAGCUGAGAAGGAGAGACAGGAGCGAGAGAAGGAGCGAGAGAAGAAGGAAGCAGCAGUGGAGGAUGAGUCAACGGAUGAAGAGAGAAGCAUGGAUGCAGAUGACUUUGCCUUUGACCUUGGAAUAUCCUGUGUUGUCUGCAGACAGUUUGAUGUCAGUUCUGGAAAUCAGCUGGUAGAGUGCCAGGAGUGCCACAACCUGUACCACCAGGAAUGUCACCGGCCGCCCGUCACGGAGCAGGACGUGAAUGACCCGAGGUUCGUGUGGUACUGUUCUCGGUGUUCCAAGUCCAUGAAAAAGAUGCAGGUUUCCAAGCCCUCGAAGCCCAAGUCGUCCUCCUCUGCUGUAGCACAGAGCAAGGAGUCUCCCCCUCUCUUCACCAAGCCCAGCAAGACGGACACCACACCAGCCAAUGUGCUGCCUUUUAGGAGAAUGGAUGCCAAGACGGCAGCGAUCAAGGAGCCGACUACCACCAAGAGUGUCAGCAGUAAGGAGACCGGCAACUCUAAACCUCUCAGUGGCCUCGCAAGUCUGGCAGCUAAUCUUGCCGGAAAAACAGAAACAGCCAAACCAAAGGCAUCAGAGUCAUCCAAGAAAGCUGACAAGUUUAGUUCUAAGCAGGAGUCGAUCAAACUGACGUCACAAAAAUCAGAUUCUGGUAAAACUUCAUCACAGAAGUCUGACCAUUCAGAGAAGAGUUCCAGUUCUUCAAAAUCAGGCUCAGCCAAGUCCUCCAGCUCAUCCACAAGUGUCUCAUCCAGCGGCGGCAAGCAGUCCGGUAGCUCCGCCCCAUCAACAGCUGCAGCCAGCGCCGACAAAAGACUUCAGAUGAUGAAGAAGAAAGCUGCUGCUAAGUUGCACGAGAAGAAGGUCCACUUGAAAUAAAACCAGCAGAAUGAGCAAGCAGUGGCGAGCAAGGAAGAGCAAGCACGUAAAGAUUGAAGCCUCUCACUACCAUGUGUCAGUGUAGCUCAAGACUUGUUAAAAUGUUCACUUGUCAAGUGAAAGACUGGUUUGAUUACCCACAUGGGCACACUAUUUGGAGCUCAUUGUUUAGGCAAGGGGGUUAGGAGUUAGUCCUGUGCAGUUGCAUAUGAUGCUGAACUCUGUUGGACUCCCCCAGGUGGGUACAUCAUGGUCAGGUAGGAUGGUGGGGUUGCUUGUCAUAUGCAGUGUGUAGAAUUCCACUAUGCCAGUGAUGCCCCAUCACUAUACAAUUAAUGAAUAUUCCGGAAGUGGAAGCGAUAGGAUUGACAGCUCGCAUCACCCAGCCUAAGAUAAGAAAGCACUGUUUUGUCCUACAGCUAUUAAUUCUUGAUGUAAUCAGACAUUUUUGAAAAUGUCUGUGAAUUAUCAGUAACAAUUCUAUGGAGUUAUUCAGGGAUGUUCUCCAUGAAUUGCUGGCAUUCAUCUGAUCUCUGACAAUAAAAAUGCAAACAAAGA